CUUGCUUCGCCCACCCAAAAACAUUGCCUCCCCUUCCUUUAAGGAGAUUGCAUUUAAUUCUCUCCCACCCCUUCUUUUUUCCUUGCUAAAUGCCCUCUUUGGAAGGUGGGUGGGUAUCAGAGACAGACCCAUGCAGGCAUACCAAUGCCCAUUGGUGCACACUUUUUGCAACAUAUACACACACACACACACACAUAUAUAUAUUUAUUGCUGAAAUCUGCUUUGCCAUGCUUGCUGUGACUCUGUCCCUUCUGUAAAUAGGAUUUCUCAUUUUUCCUUCUAUUUUAUUGAUCAGUCCCCAAACCUACCAGCUCUUGGAUUAUUAUCAUUACUAUUUUAUUUUGCACGAUAUAUAUAUAUAUAUGGUAUAUGCACGCAUUAUAAAAAUGACAGUUGUCUUUGAUGGAUGAUUAAAAGAAGAGGGACUCUCCAGCUUCCUUUUGGAAAGGGAUCUCUGCCCCUUUCCCAAGAUGUUCCCUCAAGGACGGCACACCUCCGGGCAGCCUUUCAAAUUCUCCGUGUUGGAAAUCUGUGACCGGAUCAAGGAAGAAUUCCAGUUCCUUCAAGCUCAGUAUCACAGUCUAAAGCUGGAAUGUGAGAAGCUGGCCAGCGAGAAGACGGAAAUGCAAAGGCAUUAUGUGAUGUAUUACGAAAUGUCUUACGGAUUAAACAUCGAGAUGCAUAAGCAGGCUGAGAUUGUCAAACGGUUGAGUACCAUUUGCGCGCAGAUAAUCCCCUUCCUGACCCAAGAGCACCAACAGCAGGUCUUGCAAGCGAUGGAUCGGGCCAAGCAAGUCACCAUGGGGGAGCUGAACAACGUUAUUGGGCAGCAGCAGCUCCAGCACCUCUCCCAUCACGCCCCUCCUAUCCCACUGACCCCGCAUCCUUCGGGCUCCCAGACCCCGACCCUGAGUGCCAUCGGGACCACAUCCGGGCUUCUGGCGCUCUCGGGAGUGUUGACGGCUCAGGCGGCGCUCGGAGCAAAGGACGAAAGAGGAGCGCAGGAUGCCGAGAAUAACCGAGAACACACUUCAAGCCGGAGCAAUUCUGCUUCUCCUCCUGAGAGCUUGCAAGAUGAGGAGCAACAUGUGGACAACCUUGGGGCAAAGUGUAAGCCAGACGGGAAGGAAGAGGCCGGACAUUACGAGAGCGACGGAGAGAAAAGCGAUUACAACCUAGUGGUGGAUGAGGAUCCUCCUUCUGAACACAGCAGCCCUGUCUGCACAUCCAGUGUGAAACUCUUGCCAACCCGGAGGGAGAUCCCAGACAGCCCCACAUCGCUGGCUUCCAGUCGGAGCACCACGCCACUGAAAGGAAAGGACCCGAAUGUGGGCGAUGCCAACUCUGCCAUCUGCAAACCAGCCAACCUGUCUCCACCUCCUGAAUCCUUAACCCCCGGUCCUGGUCCAAGCUGUACCUCUCAGAUCCAGCAGAUCGCUAAAACAUCCACCACAGAGGCCAUCAGAGCUCUCCGGAGUCCUUUGAGCAUGACCGGUUCCUUUGCUUCCUCCUUUGGGAUCGUGCCCCACACGGCUCUGAAUGGAGAUCUGUCCGCUCCGAGCUCUUAUGUCAGCAUCCACCUUUCCCCGCAAAUCGGAGGAACCGUCAUGUACGGACGCUCCCCCGUGGUGGCCUUUGAAUCUCACCCACAUUUGCGUGGUUCGGCAAUAUCCGCUUCCCUUCCAGCCGUCCCAGGCAGCAAACCGGCUUAUUCCUUCCAUGUGAGCGCAGACGGGCAAAUGCAGCCGGUCCCUUUCCCACCCGAUGCCCUGAUCGGCUCGGGUAUCCCCCGCCAUGCCCGCCAGCUCCACACACUGACCCAUGGUGAGGUGGUGUGUGCCGUCACCAUCAGCAACUCCACCCAGCAUGUCUACACGGGCGGAAAAGGCUGCGUGAAGGUCUGGGACGUGGGGCAGCCGGGCACCAAGACUCCUGUCGCCCAACUUGACUGCCUGAAUCGAGAGAAUUACAUCCGGUCUUGCAAACUCCUUCCUGAUGGCCGAAGCCUGAUCGUGGGUGGGGAGGCCAGCACCCUUUCCAUUUGGGAUCUGGCUGCUCCCACCCCACGGAUCAAGGCGGAACUGACCUCUUCGGCCCCGGCUUGCUACGCUUUGGCUAUCAGUCCGGAUGCCAAAGUCUGCUUUUCCUGUUGCAGUGACGGCAACAUUGUGGUGUGGGAUCUCCAGAAUCAAACCAUGGUCAGGCAAUUCCAAGGCCACACAGAUGGGGCCAGUUGCAUCGACAUCUCCAACUAUGGCACCAAACUCUGGACAGGGGGCUUGGACAACACCGUCCGCUGUUGGGACCUGCGGGAGGGCCGCCAGCUUCAGCAACAUGACUUCAGCUCCCAAAUUUUCUCCCUGGGUUACUGCCCCACGGGUGAAUGGCUGGCGGUUGGGAUGGAGAGCAGCAACGUCGAAAUCUUGCACGUGACAAAAUCGGAGAAGUACCAACUCCACCUUCACGAGAGCUGUGUCCUCUCCCUCAAGUUUGCCUCCUGUGGCAAAUGGUUUAUAAGUACCGGCAAAGACAACCUGCUUAAUGCAUGGAGGACACCGUACGGAGCCAGCAUCUUCCAGUCCAAAGAAUCUUCCUCGGUGCUCAGUUGCGACAUCUCAGCCAACGACAAAUUUAUCGUGACGGGAUCGGGAGACAAGAAAGCGACCGUUUACGAACUGGUGUAUUGAGGAAGGUGGCAGAAUCAGAGCCAUUCCUGCCCUUCUACUUCCCACUGGAGACUGCCAGCUUUGGCUAUUGUUUGGUGACAAAAACGUGUCAACACUGGAGACUCUUGUGACACGAAUUCAACUCUGCCGCUCUUCUCCACGAAUGCUCUUCCCGCAGUUGGCUGCCACGAUUCCUAGGGCUACCCGCACACUUCUGAGUCUCUCUUUGCAAGGCCAUGUGGACUAGAAACUUAAAAACAGAUUCUCAGGAAGAGUUUUCUUUUUGGGUGGGCUCUCCAGUGGAAAAAUGGUGCAGAGACAAUCCUCCACUGCUUUUCGGUGUAAAUCAGGCAUGAACCACAGACUGAAGAAGUUGAACUAGAGCAGCUGGGGAGGAGGCCUAAGCCAUUGCCUCCUUUUAUCCCACUAAUUGGAUCAGCGGAUAGUAGAGGAAAUGUCUCUAAGCCUUCGCCGUCGGGAGGGAAUCUCCACGAAAAGCAGAGGUGAAAUGGCAUUGGGCCCUCUCUCUUCUCACUGAUUUUUAGAGUCUUCAUUUGGUUUCCUCAUUCUUCUUCUUCUUGUGCAAAUGAAAUAAAGUGUUUUAAAUCCUU